GUUCUUUGCCCACUUUCACCUUGCUUUCCCCAUUUCACACGCUUUCCUUCCGCCCAUUGACGAGUUGACGACCAACAGACCCAGGCCUCCGACCAGAUCGAGGUGAGCGAACGUGCCCCGCCUGCGCUGGUGACGGUGAGGGUGAGGCCGCACGCCAUCCGCCAUCCUCACUGAUGGUUCCGUCCCGCCGCCAUCGGAGAGUGUAGAAGUGGAAGCAAGCAGAUAAACCCCAGGUUCUGUACUUCUGUCAACUGUCCUGUUUUUCAGACGAAAUCGAAACAUGUUAGAUCAAUCAAUGGAGACCUCUUUUUAGUGUCGCACUUGUUGAAACGGAUCCACUCGAGACUUUUUCAGAUCGAUUAGGCUUAUUCUUGGGGCUGGUAAUGUGAGCUUCUCACUACCGGAUUUUCCUGCUGUUUUCUGAUGCCCAUGCCCGUCUCUCGCCCGUGCAGCACAAGUAGUUCGUAACGCCAUCCAUGGGAUCCUCCUUAUCGAACCUCACCGACGCCGCUUGCAUCGUGCACCAGUUUAAGAUCAACGGCUACUCGGCUACCAAAUCCAUGGCGAGGACGGACUCGCUCCCGUCCAAGCGGCUGGCCGUGGGAGGGUACGAGUGGGAGGUCCACUACACCCCAAGCCUCCUCGUCGACGGCAGCUACAUGAUAGCGUUCAGGCUCGUCCUCCUCGGCGCGCCGCGUCGGAACGACGUGAAGGCGGCGUUCAGAUGUCGGCUGCUGUAUCCUUCCACCAACUACGGUCAUCAACGCGGUGCGUGCGUCAGCGAUUCAAUGGGGAACGUGGAAGGUCAGAUGUCUCAUGCGUUCAAGCGGGCGAAGGAGAGCUCGGGAUGGAUUCCGCUCCGCAAAAGGAAUGUUGUGGAGGCGGCCCGGGUCAUCGAGAACGACUCUCUCACUGCCGAAUGUACCAUCACGGUGGUCACCGAGCUACCUGAACCUGAUACAGCAAAGACUAACGCCGUCUUGCCCCGAAUUCGGCGAUUGACGGGCGUGCAUUCCUUGCACCAUGAUCUCGGUGAGCUCUUGGGCAAGGGAACCGGAUCCGAUGUCGUGCUGGUGGUUUGCGGUGAGUCCUUCGCAGCGCACAAGGCCAUACUUGCAUCGAGGUCCCCGGUUUUCAUGGCCCAGUUCUUUGGCCCCAUGAAGGAGACGCACUCGCAGUCGCAGAGGGUGGAGAUCAUGGACAUGGAGGCGGCCGUAUUCGGGGCCAUGCUUCGCUUCAUGUACACCGACGUGGUGCCCGAGCUUGAGCGGCAGGAGAACGGCGACGUCAUCGCGCAGCAUCUGCUUGCAGCUGCGGACAGAUAUGGACUCGACAAGCUCAAAUCGAUGUGCGAGGACAAGCUCUGCGGUGGCACCACAGUGGAGACAGCAGCGACGACUCUGGCGCUGGCAGAGCAGCACGGUUGCCCAAAGCUCAAGGCUUGGUGUGUUGAGUUCAUCGCUGCAAACCUUGAUGCCGUCAUGGUGACCGAGGGUUACAAGCAUCUGAUGACAAGCUCCCCGUUGGUUCUGAAUGACCUUCUGAGAGCUGUGCGUGGAACGAAGAACUGAAGAACAUUGGUAGUUGUAUUGUAUCUGCUCUCUAUGAAUUCGGUGUUUAAGUUUAUAUUCCUUCCCAUUGAGGAAGGGUGGAUU